ACAAGCAGGGGUUACUGAAGACCAAUUCUAACCCAGAUCUUCACGCGUGCUAAUAAUCAGAAUAAUGCUUACAUUUAUACAGGAAACAUGGACAUGCUCACAGAGAUAUACUCCAACUUCAAAUUCCCAUCAGGAGAGUUACUCCGAGUACCUUAUGUUCCAGAUGUUUUAUUGGCACCCGGUGUCGAGACAGGACAUUCUCUGGUGUUGUCUGCGGAAAAGCAAGUGCCCCAAGUCCACUGGAGACGUGGGAGAUGCCGUGGUCAUUGACCGGGACCGACUGGCGAAGACGGGCGGCUGCAAUGCUAUUGACUGUCCCAGUGACCCAACCGCCAGAUGUGUGGUAACAAGAGGCCGAACUCUCUGUGUGCCCUUCAGUACCUCUGUCGAGUUAUCAUCACAGCAUUUGUUCGUUGAGGAACGGAGAGAAUGUUGUGAAGACCAUACCGGGUAUACAUACAGCAUGGAGUUUGAUGUCUGCUACAAGAUGUAUACACAUACUAAAAGGUUUACCGAGGGGCGGCGUGUUUGUAAGGAGCACAGAGGGGAUCUGGCAAUGCCGAAGACUGUGGAGCUGCAGGCUUUCUAUGUCGACCAUGUCCUGUCUAAGUCAUCCGUCAAUGCCUUCUUAGGAGCAAUGCGUAUUGUUUGCCAAUGGAGAUGGCUGGACAACACAUUCGUGAAGGGAAUCAGAUUCAAAAGACACGACUGUGUGACAAAGCUGUGUCUCCUGUACAACAGAGACGAUAAUGCUCUGACCAACGGCAAAUGUAAGCACUCAUACAACCUCGGGUUUCUCUGUGAAAUACCUAUGAACGUGUAAAAUGUCGUGUAAAAAGACAGUAAUAUUGUUAGGUAGCCCCAAGCUAUUGCACCAGCUUUGUUCAACAGACUUUGUAACAUUCCGUUAAUAAAAGAAUAUUCGACUUAAAUGCUGACUUUAUUUCUACAGUACAUGUGUAAAAAGACAGUAAUCUACUAAUUGUUAGGUAGCCCCAAGCGAUUGCACCUG